AAAGGAAGAAGGAAAAAAGAAAGAAGGAAAGAUAGAAGUAGAGAACACCAAGGCAGAAGUCUGGAUCCAAAGCCCAGCUCUUUGAUCAAGAAGGUGGAAUUCUCUGAGGAUCUGGCAUCCAAUGCCCCAAUGGAAGAAUCCUCCACUAGUCUGGCCCCCACCAUCCUGUUCUUAACCACUUUUGAAACAGCAGCUUCCACAGAAGAAUCACCAGUCCUGCCUGUUACAUCCCCUCGACCCCAGGCUAGGAUCAGGUCUGAUGGGGAUGUGAUGCCCACCCUGGACAUGGCUUUGUUUGACUGGACCGAUUAUGAAGACUUAAAACCUGACAUGUGGCCCUCUGCUAAGAAGAAAGAGAAGCAUCAGAGUAAAAGCAUGGGCUACAGCAAUGAAACCUCAGCAGCUAGAGAGGAACCCUGUGACCAUCACCUUGACUGUCUCCCAG